UUAUAACAAACAUAGCUAGGGAGAAUUCAUCGAUUUACUGACUGUCUUCAUCAUGACCAUCAUCUCUCUGCUCCUGCUGGCCUUUUUGCUGCCACACCUGACCUUCACCGCUCGUGUGAAUGUGGGUAUAGUGAACGGCAAAGAAGCAAAACCCCACUCCAGACCUUACAUGAUUUCGGUUCAAAAAAACAAGCGUCAUAUCUGCGGUGGAUUCCUCAUCUCUGAUAGAUUUGUCAUGACUGCUGCACACUGCUGGAACAACAGUUCUGAUGUUCUGACGGUCGUGUUAGGUGCACAUGACCUACGAAAACAGACCGAGAAUUCAGUCCUACUCACAGUGGAUUCGUACCAUCAGCCUCCAAAAUACAACGCAAAAUACACCUAUCGUAAUGACAUCAUGCUUUUGAAGUUAGAAAAAAAUGUGCAACUGAACAACAAUAUCAAGUGGAUAUCCAUAUCAGGAGAAGACGUCGAUAUUGAAGCAGGUUCUGUUUGCAGUGUCGCUGGCUGGGGACUUUUAGAAACAGAAGGCAAGAGAAGCGAUCUCCUCAUGGAGACAAAAGUGAAGGUCAUGAAUAACAAGAAAUGUGAAAGUAAAUGGGGGAAGGAAUUCUUUUCAACUUCACAAAUGAUGUGUGUUCAUGGAGAUGGAGGAAGCUGUGAGGGGGAUUCAGGAGGUCCUUUGGUUUGUGGAGACACUGCGGUUGCCGUCACUUCUUUUGGUGACCCUGAUCUCUGUAAUUCAUCUGAGCUACCUGAAGUUUAUACUAAGAUUUCAGCAUAUCUUCCAUGGAUAAAGAAGAUAAUCGGAAAUUUCAAUUAAAACUUGAGUGAGUUUUGUUUAUGUGUUUGGUUGAGUUGAUUUUCCUCCCAAAUUGUGUUUUUAAUAAAAAUAACAUGCAUUGACGUAUA